ACAAUAAAUAUUCAACAAAACUCAAUCAAAACCAAUGGUAUUUACUUCUCCUCCUUCAUAUGGUUCCCAAAACGCUACGUUUUGGCGCACUCUUAUCGGGUUAAGUUAUAUAUUUACACUUGUGCACACGGCAGUCUCAACACCACCCGAUGAUCCUGUCAAAUGUGUGUCGGGAAACACGAACUGUACAGUCACCAACUCAUACGGAGCCUUCCCAGACCGGUCCACAUGUCGAGCCGCCAACGUGGCAUACCCAAAAACUGAAGCCGAGCUUGUCUCUGUCGUGGCUGCAGCCACUCAAGCCGGACGGAAAAUGCGUGUAACAACUCGAUAUUCCCAUAGCAUUACUAAGCUCGUGUGUACCGACGGAACCGACGGUUUGUUCAUAAGCACAAAGUUUCUAAACCACACGGUGCAAGCCGAUGCAACGGCCAUGACCUUGACGGUUGAGAGUGGCAUGACGCUUAGGCAGUUAAUCGCUGAAGCGGCUAAAGUUGGAUUGGCGUUACCUUAUGCACCGUAUUGGUGGGGACUGACCGUUGGUGGUCUGAUGGGAACCGGUGCUCACGGGAGCUCAUUGUGGGGUAAAGGAAGUGCAGUCCAUGAUUAUGUGAAGGAGAUCAGGAUGGUUAGUCCUGGUUCGGUCAACGAAGCGUUUGCAAAGAUUAGAGUUUUAAGCGAGACUACGACUCCUGACGAGUUUAACGCGGCUAAGGUUUCUCUUGGGGUCCUUGGCGUUAUCUCUCAGGUAACUUUUAAAUUGCAACCGAUGUUCAAGAGAUCACUAACAUAUACUAUGAGAAAUGAUUCGGAUUUUGAAGAUCAAGCCGUGACUUUUGGAAAGAAACACGAGUUUGCGGAUUUCAUAUGGUUACCAAGCCAAGGCAAAGUGGUGUAUCGAAGAGAUGACCGCGUAGCGGUCAACACAUCGGGCAAUGGUUUGUUCGACUUUUUGCCCUUCCGUUCACAACUCACUGCGGCGAUAGCCAUCAUAAGAUUAUCAGGCAUUAUAUUCACUGGUUAUCCGGUCGUUGGAAGCCAAGACCGUAUGAUGUCGUCAGGAUCAUGUCUAGACAGCCUUCAAGAUGGAUUGAUCACGGCGUGUGCGUGGGACUCACGUAUAAGAGGCGAAUUUUUUCAUCAAACAACUUUCAGUGUCCCUCUCACCCAAGUUAAAAGUUUUAUCAGCGACAUCAAAUCACUUGUAAAGAUCGAACCAAAAUCUUUGUGUGGCCUUGAGCUUCACUAUGGUAUUCUAAUGCGUUAUGUCACAUCAUCUCCCGCUUAUCUAGGGAAAGAAACCGAAGCGCUAGACUUUGACAUAACAUAUUACCGAGCUAAAGACCCGUUAACACCGCGACUCUACGAAGAUUUCAUCGAAGAAAUCGAGCAAAUUGCAUUGUUCAAAUAUAAUGCAUUGCCACAUUGGGGUAAGAAUAGAAACUUAGCGUUUGAUGGAGUGAUUAGAAAGUACAAUAACGCACCCGCAUUCUUGAAAGUAAAAGAGAGUUAUGAUCCUAAAGGUUUAUUCUCGAGUGAAUGGACGGAUCAGAUCCUAGGAAUCAAAGGAAACGUGACAAUAGUAAAAGAUGGAUGUGCAUUGGAGGGUUUGUGUAUAUGUUCAAAGGAUGUUCAUUGUGCCCCGGCCAAAGGCUAUUUGUGUCGACCGGGAAAAGUGUACAAAGAGGCUAGGGUUUGUACACGUGUUGAUGGUAUAAUAAGUGUGAUUUAAACAGUAAGUUAUUAAUUUUCAUUGCUUCUUAUAUCAGAAAGUCAUCGUCUAUAUGUGUGCGUUAUUGUGAUAAUUAAAUGAUAUCUUCCUUU